UCCUGCUCAUGGUUGUUUUCCUCACAGGAGUUAUCGUUGGGGGUUAAAUACAUACCAUGCGGACACCAGGAACUACAGCUCUCUUGUGGUCUUGUCUUCAGGGUGUGAACUCGUUCACGGUCCCUCCACAAGCAUUGGGCAAGACGCACAGGUCCCUCUCUGCACCAAGCUCAGCUACUGUCGUCACGCGGGUUGAACAUGAAGAUCGUACAUGCCGUACCAGCAGCAGCAGGGGCAGCAGAAGCACAUGCGUGAGGGCAAAGGGAGGUACUGGAGAGGAAGAGGCAGGGGAAGAACAACAAGAUGUCAUCGAGAAGUUUUUCAGUAUGUUUUUCGGGAACAAGGACGAUGCGCCUGGAGGGGACCUGGAUCGCAUCACGGUCAAGAAGUUUCCGGACCAGUACCCCGCCGAGAAAAUUCUCCAGGCAGAGCCGGUUAAAGGGGACUCCAAAGACAUGGCUGUCAUCCGGCCGCUGCUAAAGCAAACCGAGCUAGAAUUCCGGAAGUUAAAGCUGGUGUACGACGCGAAGCGAAACGGAUGGAAACCCGCCGCGUUCCACAAGGGGGUGGAUUUCAAGGGCCCCGGGCUCGUGGUGGGCAAAACCAAGGGAGGAGCCGUCGUUGGCGGGUACAACCCUAAAGGGUGGGUGGGGUACGGAGAGUACAGACCAGGCUUGUCGGCGUUUUUGUUCACGUGGCGGGACGGGGACACCAACAAGAGAGCGAUGAAGCUCAGAAAGAUUGGGGGCGCGGGGCUCGCUGUCUGGGAUAAGCCGGAGUGCGGCCCUUUGUUCGGCUCGGAUGGUUUUGGGGUGGGGAUGCAGAAGGGCUCGGAGCGAAUGGGCAGGAGUAAGCUGGGCAGCUACUACGAGCGGCUUCCUGCUGCCUACGGAGGGGCGAGCAUCUUCGCCCCGGGAGACAACGGCGGCAUCGCGGAGAUGGUGGAUCUCAAGGCGUAUGUGGGCGUUUACGAGAGGGGGGAGAAGAUUCCCUUCGACGACGCGAUUCCUUUCUCUCUCAGCUGAUCUGCAUCCCGUCUGUUUUGGGUGUUGUCGGAACGUUGAUGGGGGACGUCGCUUGUAUCUCGUUGUCGUUGGUACAACACGAGUUAGCCGAGGGUCUCCUUAGACCUACAACAGCAGAGCAGUGUCCAUAGCGAUGUCGGUUUCUAGGCACAGAGUGAUAGUCUCACAGGAUGAGUCAUGUUAUUUUCAGGUUUAGCGUUUCCCAACACCUGGAACCAAAACAUGGAUGGAGGACUCAUUUUGUGGCCGCUUUGGGUGGGGUUGUUCGACCACAUCCAUCCACGUCUCUCGUGUUCUCGUCCAGGCGCACCAUAGCUAGAUAAGGGGAACUGAACGAAAAUAAACGAGUCUAUUGGCAGCAACUGCUGCUGCGUAUCUGGCAGUAGUUUUUGGGUCAACCUGCCGGUUAUUUAUGACGUAGUGACGUUUCAUGCCGCCCACGGGGGGUCGGACUCUGGUUCUGAUCCAGCCGAUCUUCGUACACAAGGUGGAGGAGUAAGGUGUCUCAACAGACCAACCGGAGACAGAUGCGGCCAGGCUUUCUGAUGCAGGGAAAAUGUAUCCAAGCACGCGAUUUUGAGCGCAAAGAGGACGGUGUGUUUAAAUCAUACGUUCUCACAAAGGGAUUCGAAUCAAGAGCUGCUGGCUGAGUGAUAGGCUAACACCAGCCUACCGCGCGCUUCACCUCCUCGCUGGGAAACGAAAGCCAACACUAUCGGUACUGUACAAGCAACGCGGCCAAACGUAGCCAGCCGUUUACGUGGAUGCAAAAACAAAGCGUGUCUUCGUCUAAUCUCUCGCAAAAAGAAAAAGAAAAGCUUGUUCAUCUCUCUCCCUUCCUCCCCCCUUUUUACCCAGAGAACGCGUAAAGUCCACCUUCCCCGCGGUAUCCAAACCAAACCAACCAACAACACAAAACGGACAAAAAAUGACACCAGGAGAUCGAUCACCAUCAUAACCACGAUCCCAUCUAACAACGACUACUAGCGCGACCCCGCAUCAAGCCUGAAAUCUUUCCGCGAGAAUAAAGCACGACGACAUCGCACAAACUAACCACACACCAAAUCCAGGGCGGUAGACGAAGAGCACGUUUCAUUUCAGGUUCCAUCCAAAGCAAGCUCUUCCAAUGCCAACCUUACUGACUGCCGCACUAAACGAACGCCAUGUCAACCCCACACUUGGGGACCAACUCUGCCGCUGCCGUGUGUGCAUCCGGAUCGAGACACAGGUGGAAACCUUCAUCUCGUAUUGAAAAAAACAAAAAAGAACUCCCGUAGAUCAGAUCUCCGGAACAGCGCGCUUCCGACUGAAUGGAUCUCCGCAACAUACGAAAACGCUCCAUGCAUGGGUCUUCACAAGACUCCACACAUUGAGGGGAAAGCAUGAGCGUCCACCAACAGAAGUCCUAACCCAUGGUUC